GGCCGCCGUAGCCGCGUUCCCGCCAGAGCGAUUCAAACGGCGGCGGCGGUUGGGACCCCCCCGGGCCUGAGUCUCUGCUCUCAGGUGCAGGGAGCUGGAAGUCUGGCACUGAUGGAACCCUUCAGGUCCCCCAAGAACCCCAUCUCCAGGGACAAACCUGAUGGAGCUCCUGUCCCUGUCACCAUCCCAGCCUCUCCCUUCAUGCAGAAGCUGGGAUAUGGCACUGGGGUCAAUGUCUACCUGAUGAGGAGGUCUCCCCGGGGGCUCUCUCAUUCCCCUUGGGCUGUGAAGAAAAUUAAUUCCAAAUGCACCAGCAGCCAGCAGAGCAUCUACCAGCAGAGACUGAAUGAAGAAGCCAAGAUCCUGAAGGAUCUCCAGCACCCCAACAUCGUGGGUUAUCGUGCGUUCACCGAGGCCAACGAUGGGAGCAUGUGCCUGGCCAUGGAGUAUGGGGGGGAAAAAUCCCUCACUGACCUGAUUGAAGAGAGAAGUGCCAAGAAGUUGGGUCCCUUCCCUGCUGCCACAAUCUUCAAAGUGGCUUUGAGCAUGGCCAGGGGGCUGAAGUACCUGCACAAUGACAAGAAGCUGCUCCAUGGAGACAUCAAAUCCUCCAACGUGGUGGUGAAAGGUGACUUUGAAGCCAUCAAGAUCUGUGAUGUGGGAGUGUCCCUGCCCCUGGAUGAGAACAUGACAGUCAGUGACCCGGAGCUGUGCUACAUCGGUACCGAACCCUGGAAGCCCAAGGAGGCCCUGGAGGACUCGGGGGUGAUCACUGACAAGGCUGACAUCUUUGCUUUUGGGCUGACUCUCUGGGAAAUGAUGACUCUGUCCGUGCCUCACCUCAGCCUGGGGGAGGACUCAGGUGAUGAAGAUGAAUCCUUUGAUGAAGACUGCUUUGAUGAAGAUGCCUACUAUGCAGCCUUGGGAACCCGUCCAGCCCUCAACAUGGAGGAACUGGACCCAUCCUACCAGCUCCUGAUUGACCUUUUCUGUGUCUGCACCAACGAGGACCCCAAGAAACGUCCCUCAGCUGCAUCCAUCCUGGAGACCUUGGAGGAAUCUCUGUCCCAGGAGUAAAACCUCUCGAGAUCCCUCAGAGGGGGAGCUCCUGGUGAGGGAUCUCAGGGUUUGAAUUGGGAGGUCAGACCUGCUCUGUGCCCUUCCAACUGAGCCUGAGCCCCUACAGAUCUCACUCCUGCUUUAGGGACACUUGGCUCUGGCUCAGUUCUAGAGCCACCUCCUGCACUUGUGCAAUGGUUGUGGUUGUAGUUGGGAAAACCCUUUGGAUCC